GAUACCAAGCGAGGAUUUGACUCAUUGCCGGCAUUGACCACCCAUUGUGUUGGACCACCGACAUACAUUUAUCGAUUUAUUUGGCUGCCGCACCCUUCGGUACUAGUUCACAAUGUUACUGGACACAUUUCCUGUCAAACAGAUAGUUUCUGGUUCAAGUUUCGCACUUCUCGAAGCAAUGUCGUUCGUCUAUCUGAACCAAGUUCUAAACAUUAUGGAGAGCUCUAAGCCUCUCCGCGAAACUGUGACAGGAGUCGCUAAACAAACUGGAUAUGCAGCAGCUGGAACGGCAACCGGUGGACUCCUGAUGGGACCACUUGGAGCAUUAGUUGGUGGAAUUGUGGGAGCAGUUUAUGGUUAUCAAUGCAGUACGGAUUACGAUAAUUUGAUCUGUUCGAUUCGAUCAAUGACUGACAGCGAGAAGUCGUUACUGACCACACAGAUUCAACGUCUCGUGGGAUCUGCUUCUAUCGAGGAAUUCAUGCGCUACAUUUCGACCGAAGCACAUCGUCAAAUCCUGCUUGGAAUACUAUCGGACUUCAUUAGCCGAAAAGCGUAAUAGAUCUAGAUUCGUGUAUCUCCCAGUGCUGUGCUGCUUCAUCGUACUUGUAUCUUCUGAAACUGGUGUUUUUUCUAAACUAAUUCUUGCUAAUUGUAAAAUUUCAUGGUAUUUUUGUCGAUUGUAAAUCCCAGCCAACAACUUUUUGCUCUGUUGUCACCUUAUCUGCGGUAUAUCAAAGUCGUUGCCAAUUUUUUCCAGUUUAAUUGAUCCCAAAGUAAUUUGCUGGUAUCGAAUACGAGCUCGACUCUCCAUUUAUCAUGUAAUCAACU